AUGGCUAUGUUUUUUAGAGCCCUCGGCAGAAAUAUUCCAUAUUUGAAGCAACAAUUUGGUGCUCUCCUGGGCAAUACUAGUACAUCUGUUAAAUUCAUAUGUGGGGUAGUUCUUUUUAGCUAUGGUUUAUCUUUCUCAGAAGAAGCAAUUCGAGUCAUAUCUGUUACUCCAGGAUAUCUUAUGCCCCCAUCAUUUUGGUUGUGGACAGCCUUCACGUUCUGUUUCUUAGAAAUUCAUUUUUGGGAAGUGUUGGUGGACAUUAUAACUGUUGGACUGUGUGGUAAACUUAUUGAACCAUUAUGGGGGCAAAUGGAAAUGUUAACGUUUUUUGCUAUUGUUAACUUCGGGGUUGCUGUCAUAACUACUGCGUUUUAUUUCAUUUUAUACUGCUGUACAUUUGACACAACAUUCUUGUUCACUGUGCAUAUACAUGGACUAGCUGGUUAUAUUGCAGGAGUAACAGUAGCAGUGAAACAGAUCAUGCCAGAUCUGGUUAUAAUCAAGACACCAUUGGGAAAAUUGAGCAAUAGGAAUGUACCACUCACAGUUUUUUUCUUAUCUGUUAUUUUCAAGCUUGUGGGGCUUGUUGAUGGUACCUACCCCACAAUGUUCUUGAGUGGUCUUAUAGUUAGCUGGAUUUACUUGAGAUUCUAUCAAAAACACUCAAAUGGUUCAAGAGGAGAUAUGGCAGAUUAUUUCACAUUUGCAAGUUUUUUUCCCAAUGUUAUUCAGCCCCCUAUUACUGUGUUGAGUAAUGUGAUUCAUACUGGCUUGGUCAAAAUUGGAAUAUGUAGAAAGGUAGUCAGAAAAUUUGACAUGUCAAAUCCAACUGGGGUUUCAGUAACUGUUCCUGUGCCUGAUCAACAUGAUAUGGAAAGACGAAGGCAAAUUGCACUGAAGGCAUUAAGUGAAAGGUUAUCAAAAUCCUACAGUGACAAACAACCUCUGAUCCCUUUAAAGCAGAAUCCAAAAAUGUUGCUGCCUCUCCACUCUCCUUCAACUUCACAUUCAAAGCAGCAUCCACAAAUGCAACCUUUGAGUAAUAAAACACCUCCAAAUAUAGCUCCAAAAUCUGUUGAACAGUGA